AUGGCAAUGGCAAAACUCAAGCAUUUUUCCCACUCAUGCCCUUUACCCUCACCAGAGAUCGUAGCUGAAGGCAUCUGCAACAUUUGCUUCAAAGAAGAAUCUGUAGAAUUCGCCUGCAAGCCUUGCAAUUUCGAUCUAUGCAAAUCUUGCUCCAAUCUGCCUCAAAAGGUGUCACACGGUUUCCACUCAGAACAUCCUCUAGAGUUUUGUUUGUUCCAAUAUGAUCGAAAACCUGGAUCCAUAAUCUGCUCUGGAUGUGGUAACAUGUCUUCUUGCUCAUUCUACCAGUGUAAGAAAUGUGAGAUCUAUCUUGAUCUUGGUUGUGCCCUCCUGAAGAACAUAUCCACGGCUUGGGACGCAAGAGAACUGCUCCAUUACAGCCAUGAGCACUUGCUUAGAAGGUGUAGACCGGGACAAGAUGCUAGAGGUUCUUGUCUUCUCUGUGAGCUUCCUCUCUCUCCCUCCUCAAUAUGUUACGGUUGUGUUUACUGUUACGCAUUUCUUCACGAGCAUUGCCUCGAUCUCCCGACAGAGAUUCGACAUCCGGUGCAUCCUGAACACCCUCUCAAACGUCUUGAUUACAUACAAACUUUCGCCGGUCGGAGAUCUUGUGAUGCGUGUAAAGGAAGAUUUGCUGGUGUCCCAUUUGGUUGCUUAGAAUGUGGUCUUUACCUUCAUGUUAGGUGUGCUGAUUCAUUGUUGAGAGGUUUGAAGCACGAGUCUCAUGAGCACAGAUUGUUUUAUGUAGCUUCAAAUGCUAAAAAAGCUUUUGGAAAAGACAAUUCUUGUCAAAUUUGCAUGGGAAAUGCUUGUAGCUCUUUAGAUUCUUAUUUUCACUGCAUUGAAUGUGAUUUAAAGUUUCAUUUCGAGUGUCUUGGGAUACCUAAGUCCAUGUUCAAGAGAUCUUGUCACAUUCAUCCACUCGUUUGUAAGAGAUUCUCAGAAGAGGAUGAUUCUUUGGAAUAUUGUGGCGUUUGCGAGACAAUGGUACAAGAAGGACAUCAUGUUUAUUCUUGCCAAGAAUGUGAUUUUCUUGGUCACAUUGAAUGCUUUCUACGUGAGGAAGUGCCUUCACCAUUGUUCUUGAAAGAUCUGUAUGCCUGUGGUGAAGACAUCACAAGAGCUACAAGUGGAGAAGAGUAUGAAACCAACGAAUUAGAGAACAAACUUGUGGUUAAUGAUAUCAACCAUAAUCAUGUGAUGAAUGCGGUCGACAUGUGUGAGCUUAGUUGCAAAGAAGAGUGUGCCAUAUGCAAAAAGGAGAUACUUGGUAAUCCAUGGAAAUGCGAGUCAUGUGUGAGCUUUGUGGCACACCAUUUCUGUGCAGAGUUGGGGAAACCAUCAAGACAUCGGUUUCAUUGGAACCACCUUUUGACACUCUUGCCAAAACCACUUGCGAGUGAUGUGAUGAUGAGCUGUAACAGCUGCAGAGAGGAGAUAAAAGGGUUCAAUCUGUUUUGUCGAAUAUGCAAUUUUACAAUCCACGUCAGUUGCGCCAUGAAAGGUAAACAUUUUCUUGGGAUUUUAGGGCCUAAAGUCGUUGGAAUAUGGAGAGGACGUUGCUUGAGUGGCAAGCACAGGAUGGUCCAAGUUAGGUUCUCCAAGUCAUAUCCAAAUGUUUGUGUUAUUUGUAAUGAGAAGGUGUUUGGGUUAGCUGUGUCAUGUAUAGAGUGUGAAAAGAUUUAUCAUCCUCGGUGCAUUGACCGGCAUCGAUCCAAAGAUCUGAUCAAAGACGAUGAGUCUUCUUAA